GUGAGUAUGGCGUUGAAUGUGAGAAAAUGACUCACAGCGUUGACUUCAAAUGCUUUAACGGCAUCAGAAGGCUUUUGGAGAUUCACUUAAAGAGCUUGCUGUUAGUAGUCCGUUGGCAGAGAUCGCGAAUGGUUUCAUUCGGAUAGCUGUGGGUUUUGUGAUUUUGAUUGACACAGCGCGCGGGAACCAUAAAGUCAUAAUUUCGAAACACUUCAGUUCAUGCCUGAUAUUGGUACAAGACUUUUUGAUGUGAAAUUAAUCAAAUAACACGGCAUUGUUGUUUAUUGUCAGCUAAAGCAAAUAUACUAAUUAAAAAAAUAGAACAUUUUAUUAAAAAACUAAACGUGCACAGUUGGUAAUUAUUUAUUUGCGCGAAGUAUAAUUGCAUAUAUGAACGGCAUGUGUUGCAUAGACUUUGAACGUGUGAGUGGUGACGUAUACGCAACGCGAAAUGAAUUCAAUGCGAUAACCACACACUUGUAUGCAUACAAAUGUAUAACUCGUUGCUAAGAACUGAAUUAUUAACUACGAAGCAGAACCAUGAAUUUUUUUUAGAAAUAAAAAACGAAAGACCUUUUCGACUUUCAGCUGAAAAAAAAAACGGAAUAAGCUAUGUAAGCAGAAUAAGAGGCGGUGUUACGAUUACUCCAUAAAGCGCUGCAUUAUACAGUUAACGGAGACUACAACUUAUAACCAAAGCCAAACAUUUUGCUGGCCCAGCGCUGAUGACAGAAGCGACAAAAAGCAAUCAAUUAACUACAAAUUUACAUAUACAAUUUGUUCUUCGCUAGUGGCUAGUGAAGUGCAUUUCAUUACUUUAGGCAAACAUUUCAGUGAAGCUCUUUUCUACUUCGUUGAAUUAGACACUUUUGUUUUCGAGUUACAAAUUGCCGUCAUUUAAACCAACGGCGUUGUCUUAAGGUCAACUUCUUUACGCACCAUCUACCACGCUAUUGUUCAUGUGUCACGCACGUGCGCACACAGACACAUACAAAAUAUAUAUAAAAACAAAAUUGGCAAAGAAAUUAAGCACAAUACUUUGCUAGAUUUUAGCUGGAUUCGUUUGGCGAGGUAUUCUCUGAUUUCGCAUAUACAUACAUAUAAAAGCCGUUAGGAUGGGUUACGACGACGUCAUCACAUAUUUGGGCGAUUUUGGCAAAUAUCAGAAACAAAUUUAUUUUCUACUUUGUUUACCUGCCAUUUCAUGCGCCUUCCAUAAGCUUGCUGGUGUCUUCCUUUUAGCGCGCCCAGAAUUUCGCUGUCUAUUACCAUUUGAGAAUGCAUUGAAUGCAACUUACGACUCUUUUCCGAAAGACCAUUGGAAUCUUACUUAUCCGUACGACUCUGCUACCGGCAAAUACCAGAGAUGCGAAUACUAUGAUGCCGAUUAUACAGUGGACUAUUUACAAACAGCUACCUCGCCGGCCACGGAGAACGGCACUGUCAAAUGCAAUCACUACGUAUACGACCGGUCUAAGCAUGAGAACAGCGCCGUAACUGAAUGGGACAUGGUAUGCAGUCGUGGCUUAUUAACUGCCACUAGUGAUAGCCUUUUCAUGCUUGGCGUGUUGUUGGGCAGUAUUAUAUUUGGCCAGAUGUCAGACAAGUAUGGACGCAAGCCGAUUUUCUUCACUUCUUUGGUCAUACAGGUUAUCUUCGGUGUGAUAGCUGGCGUGGCUCCUGAGUACUUUACCUACACAAUAUCUCGUAUGAUUGUGGGUGCAACGACGUCCGGUGUCUUUCUGGUGGCGUAUGUCAUUGCUAUGGAGAUGGUGGGCUCCUCAUAUCGUCUAUUCGCAGGAGUAGCUGUACAAAUGUUCUUCUCAGUUGGUUUUAUGUUAACUGCUGGUUUUGCUUACUUCAUUCACGAUUGGCGUUGGUUACAAAUAGCGCUGACUCUACCAGGAUUGCUGUUCAUGUGCUAUCAUUGGGUCAUACCGGAAUCGGCCAGAUGGUUGCUCUCUAAGGGUAGAAAAGAGGAGGCUAUUGUAGUCAUAGAAAAGGCGGCACGUAUAAAUCGUGUCACCAUACCUAGCGAAGUGUAUGACAAUCUAAUUGAUGAAGCGGCGGAGAGAGAGAAAAUAGAGAAGAGCUCGGCCGACAAUGCAGAUGAAAAGGCAUCGACUGUCUUCGAUCUUCUAAAAUAUCCAAAUUUGCGACGAAAAACAUUGCUAAUUUUCUUCGAUUGGUUUGUCAACAGCGGUGUCUACUAUGGACUAUCUUGGAACACAAACAAUCUCGGCGGCAAUGUACUACUUAACUUUAUGAUUUCGGGAGCUGUUGAAAUACCAGGCUACUCAUUCCUUCUCUUCACACUUAAUCGCUGGGGCCGGCGUACAAUUCUCUGUGGUUGUAUGCUUGUCGCAGGUAUCAGCCUACUGCUCACCAUAGUUGUGCCUGUCGAUAAAAACUGGAUCAUUAUACUUUGUGCUAUGGUAGGCAAACUGGCCAUUACCGCAUCGUAUGGAACCAUAUAUAUUUUCUCAGCGGAGCAAUUUCCAACUGUGGUGCGUAAUGUUGGCUUAGGAGCCGCAUCAAUGGUAGCGCGUAUAGGCGGCAUUUUGGCACCCUAUUUAAAUUUACUGGGCGAAAUAUGGCGUCCUUUGCCUUUAAUGAUUUGUGGUGCCUUGGCUUUCAUUGCAGGUCUUUUAUCUUUAAUGCUGCCGGAGACGCUUAACAAACCAAUGCCAGAAACGAUAGCAGAUGGUGAGCUUUUCGGAAAACGUACUCUCAAAGAUGAGGCAGUCGAAAGUGGUGGUGAGGAGCUAACAAGAAUCGUAUCCCAAGAAAGAGCAAAUUACGUUGCAAACGGGAAAGCUAAAUGAUGGCAUUUAUUUUACUAGAACUAGUUAAGUUGAUUUGAAAUUUAUAGAAAUACUUAAUGUUUAAUUUUAUAUUAAAAAAGCAGUACUUUCACAA